AUGGCCGCCUCGAACUCUGUGCCUGCCGGCCUCGCAGGCGUUCUAAAUAGACCGGAGGAGCAGCAGCAGCGCGACUCUGCCUACUACUCGGCCGUUGAUAGCAAGCAUACCUCGACGCAGUCCAAUGCCUUGACACCCCCCUUCUCCGGCUAUCAAUCUUCCAUCGACAAGACCCCGUCGCCAAUCAACACCAGCGUUGGCCCUCAUCCCCUUCCGUCGCCGGGCUCGGGGGGCAUGAGCCUCGCAAACAUGGUCUCUCCCACCACCGAUACAGAGAUGAUCCGCAGACUCGAUAGGCAGUCUGGCGAGGUCCAAUCCAUGAACGGCGAAUCCAAUUCGCGCCGCGAGAGUGUCAAUAGCCAAUUGCAUCACAAUUUUGGUGAUUUGAGAUUGGCCAACUCGCCAUAUGCCUCGAAUAACCAAUCCACGACUUCGAUCCAGUCCACCUUGCAACAGCAGAGAAACCCGGGCAAUGCUGAGAGGAACUCGGCCUCGCGAUUCUCCAACGGUUACCAGCCAAACAAUCAGCGCCUACCGGACGACGUUACGUCUCCCAAGACCUUCCCGAGGACGGCCCCUAUCAUCAGUGGUCCUGCGCUCGGAAACAUUGCUCGUGCUCCUGAACCGACCAAGGGCCAGGCUUGGGCUUUCCCAGAGGAGGUGGUACAGCGGCUGCCAUCUGCGGCGCGUCCUGCCGGUGAAAGCGUCAGCCGUGAAGGUACGUCCUUCCUGGAUUCGCGUCGCUCAAGUUUGGCGGACUCGAUUGCGAGUUCCCAAUUCACCAGCGAGUCUCGCCUCCCGCCUGGCCAGCGACGUCUCGAAGAUGGCAUGCCAGCCGAGUAUCAGAGAUUAUCUCGCGCUUCCUCUGAAUUUCAACCUGCGAGCCACCACCACCACUCCCUGCAGCAUAAGCAGGUUACGGAUUUGCAGAGCGACGCUGGAUCCCCAGGUGGUUCGCAACCCUAUAGUCGCACCCCCGAACUACGCGUGAGCCAUAAGCUUGCAGAACGUAAGAGACGUACUGAAAUGAAGGAACUGUUCGACAACCUUCGCGACAUGAUGCCCCAGGAGCGCGGCUCGAAGGCUAGCAAGUGGGAGAUCCUAACCAAGGCCAUUCACGAGUAUGGUCGACUCUCCGAGGAGCUUCGCAAGAGCAACCAUCAGCUUGCAGUGGCUAAGCAGGAGCUUGAGGCCCAGCGCCAUGAGAAUAAUACCAUUCGGCUCGAGAACGCUCAGCUCCGUGAGCAGAACAAGGCACUUAUCUCGUCUUCACAUCCUACAAGCCAUCAUCAUAUGAAUAACCAAGGCAUCCAUCCUCCACCUUCGUACUCGGCGGAGUUUGAUCGGUCCCGCGUGCCAGAGCAGUAUGCUGUUCGACCCUCGGCUGAGCAGUUACCCCCCCUCCGCUUCAAUGGCAAUAUGCGCGGUCCCGACUCGAUGAAUGGCAUCCAGUACCAUGAUCCACCUCAAAAUGGCUAUGAGUCGCGCUUCUAA